GCUCAGAGAGGACAAAGUGAGCAGCCAUCUCUACUCACCUCUGGGAAAGCUCUCUUCUGGGUGGGUCUGCCUGUGGAUGCAGGCCCUGCUUGUGACUGGCUUUGAGCAACCACAGGCAGAAAAUUGCUACAUUGUCCUGACAUUAGGGCGACUAAUUCAGCAUCUCAGCGUGGCCAGAGCGUGAAGGGAGCAGAAAAGCAUCACUGGCCAGCAUCCUUGCCUCAGCAUCUUUAUCAGGCCUCAGGACACCCAGAGCUCCACCAUCAACAUUUAGGACGGGCCCCAGCUCACAAAACUCCCCGCCAUAGCGGAGGACCACCAGGAGAAUGCUGGCUAAGAAGCAGCCAGGACUUGGCAAGCAGACACAGUGAUCUCCAAGCCUCUGAUGGAGAAGAAGCGCCGUGCACGCAUCAACGUGUCACUGGAGCAGCUGAGGUCUCUUCUGGAGAGACACUACUCACAUCAGAUACGGAAACGAAAACUGGAGAAGGCUGAUAUCCUGGAGCUGAGUGUUAAGUACAUGAGAAGCCUCCAGAACUCACUGCAAGGACUCUGGCCAGUACACAGUGGGGUGGACUACCCGUCCGGCUUUCAAGGCGGCUUGCCUGACGUGAGCCAGAGGCUUCAGCCCGGAGAGGGCGACAGCGGCCUGCGCUGCCCCUUGCUGCUCCCGCGCAGGGCAGGCAGCACCACGGACAGCGCCAACCCACAGGCUGCCUCUGUUCUCAACCCUUGCCUCCCGGGCAUCUGGGCCCCUAGUCGCGCUGCGGGUGGCUCCCACUCCCCGCAGCCCCCACUCCCUCUCCCUGGAGGUCUCCUUGAGUCUUCCACCGACGUUCUGGCACCACAACCUGAAUCAAACUGCCAGGCCGGGAGUCCGAGACCCGGGUUUAGCGUUUGGCGACCGUGGUGAGACCUAGGCAAGGAUUUACACUCAAGCCCUCUCCCCCCCGCCCCCAUCACCUUGCCGUCUAGUCUGGGGAAACUAUUUUGGGGCACCCAUGGUGACUGCAGGGACUCUAUCAAUCGGUGGCCUGGGGGACUGCAGGAAAUCCACGGAACCAUUGGCGAAUCGGGUCUAGGUGAAUUCAUCCCCUCCAGCCCCACCCACUCCAUCCAGACCAGAUCUCCACCUCCCGCUUCUAGAGAAGAUGGGAGGGGACGGGUGAGCUGUACCCCUUUCCCAGGGACCCGGGGCUGGCAGCCCGCCCCUGCCCCCUCUCCACGACUGCGUCACGGUGAGAAGGUCGCGGUUGCUAGCCACACAGAGCGGACCCCUCGCAGCGAGGAGAAUCGCUGCCCCGCCCUGGCCCAUUCAACCGGCCUCGGGCGCUCGGUUCCCACCGGCACAAAGCGCGCCGGGCCCCGCCCCUUCAGCGAGGGGCUCCUAUCCUACCACCACCCAAGACCCUCUCACUACCAUCGCAACCCAUCACCCCCUCUGCACCGGUCCCAUACUGCUGGCGCGCUCUCUCAGGCCCUCAACUGCGCAAAUACCUAUGGCUGCGGCGUAAUGGCGUGGAGCAUUAGAUCCGCCCAGAAGGUACUUGCAUGCCCCACGCCUCGCCUCGCCACAAUCUAGAGUCCUGGGUCCCACCCAUCCCUGCGUAGCACUGCUGAGACCUGAGCAUUUUGUGUUCUGCAAAGACCACUUUAGUGCCUUCUGAGCCCUAGACUCGAAAUAAGAGCCUGUUAGUUACCAUGCUCUUCGACUGUGUUGGGGAGAGGGCUCCUGUUGUGGACCAGUCUGGGGUCCAGUUCGAAAUCCCAGAAUUUCUUAUUACUAAUAUACAAUUAUGAAUAAAGACUGGGCAUGAAU